CAAUGCCUGCAGGGAAGGCGCAGUUUAAGGAGUGCUGCGAUUUGCCGCGAAAUCCCAGCGUGGCGCAGUAAGCAAGUCACAGGAAGUAGAAAUCUGUAAACACAUCGUGGGUGAUCUGCGAAUUGCAUAUUUAUGUGCAAUACUGUACUUUUCCCCCCUCCAUUUUAAAGACUGAUCUCAAAAUCUGUUCCGACAAGUAAUAGCAAUUGCGUGUUUUUGUUCUCUUUAAAACGGAAUCUCAGUUAAGAGUUAACUAUGUUAAACGUUGGUUUGUUACGGUUUGUCUGCAAAGCCAGGGUAGGUGCAGGUCGACUCGACACACUUACUGUUUUUUUUUUACCUCGCUGCCUCACUGACUAUGCUAAGGUGACGCCGGUAAAGAGACUGAAACCGGAGGAAAAUGAGGCGCCGCUUUCCCCUCCGCUUAGCCCCGAGCAGCGGGACCGAAUCGAGAGGAACAAACGGGCGGCUCUGGAGAGGCUAGCGGCCAGGAACGUUCCUGAGGGCUUCGGGGUCAGCUGGCGGAAGGCUCUGAGCGCUGAGUUUGCCAAACCUUAUUUUGUCAGGUUAAUGGCGUUUGUAGCAGAGGAGCAAAGACGUCAUACCAUCUAUCCUCCAAUGCAACAGAUCUUCAGCUGGACUCAAGAGUGUGAUAUUCAAGAUGUUAAAGUUGUAAUCUUGGGCCAGGAUCCGUACCAUGGUCCCAAACAAGCACAUGGUCUGUGUUUCAGUGUACUGAAGCCAGUCCCGCCUCCACCCAGCCUGGAAAACAUGUACAAGGAGCUGUCUGAAGAUAUUGAAGGGUUUGAGCACCCAGGGCAUGGGGACCUGACUGGAUGGGCCAAACAAGGUGUCUUACUCCUCAAUGCGGUGCUGACUGUGCGUGCACACCAGCCCAAUUCACACAAGGACCGGGGCUGGGAGCAGUUCACUGACUCUGUUGUGCAGUGGCUGAACAAUAACCAGGAAGGCCUGGUCUUCAUGCUGUGGGGGUCUUACGCACAGAAGAAGGGCAUCUCCAUUGACAGGAGGCGACACCAUGUGCUGCAGGCGGUACACCCCUCCCCUUUCUCCGCCCACCAUGGAUUCUUCGGCUGCAAGCACUUCUCCAAGACCAACGAGCGGCUCAAGAAAUCGGGGAAGAAGCCUAUCGACUGGACAGCGCUGUGACUCCCUAGAGACGAGGUCCAGCCUCUCAGCCCAGAUCUCGCUGGAGCUCCUUUGAAAAGCAGGGCGUGCGCAGAAUAAACUAAACAAGAAAACAAACCCUGUUCAUAACUUAAAAAAAAAUUCGCAUAAGAGUCGCAUUCCUUGAUUUAUUAAGACUUAAGAUAAGCCUCUAUCAAUGCAAGUGGUCUAGUCGAGUUGUUUAUACUCUACUGUACAGUUACUUUCUUUACAAAAGACUGAAGAUCCUAGACUGUAACCACUAAGCAAAAGCACCUCAUUAAGUUGUAGAUUUCCCCAGGUGUGUUGUACUGAAAUAACAAGAAGGGAGGCUGGUCAGAUAAUGAAACUCCUUUGCACUUGUAUAUUUAUUGUGAAGUUGUAUUUACACAUUGCUUUUAUUUCCUUGUAAGUUUUGUUUGUUGGUUUAAUGCAAUGUUUUUGCAUGGCAAGUCAUUUUGAAUGGGGAGGGUGAAUGCUAUAUGUUUAAUUGGUACAUGUUUGAAAUAAAUAUUUUUCUAUGGUUGCUGCUUUUCUCAGUUUCUGUGUUGUAUGUGCUUUUCUAAAUGGAUUCAGCGCCUUGCGCUAUGCCUAUUUGUUUAUUGUACCGUUGGAUUUGUAAGCACUGUCUGGUGAAACUGCCUCAAUUCCUGUUUGUAUUAUUGUCAGGGCGCACAUACCGGUUUAAUCCUUCAGUGUGAAUCAAAGUUUAGAUGAUUUUUAUUUCAGGC